AUGGCGACCGUGUCAUUGCUCAACGUGACGGUCCGCAACAACCCAGCACAGUUCAACUCGCCGUACGAGUUCGAAAUCACCUUUGAAUGCCUGGAACCGCUGCAGAAGGACCUCGAAUGGAAGCUCACCUACGUCGGCUCUGCUACAUCAUCUGAGCACGACCAAGAACUCGACUCGCUCCUCGUCGGCCCCGUGCCCGUCGGCGUCAACAAAUUCGUCUUCGAGGCCGACCCGCCAAACACCACGCGCAUCCCCGGCAGCGACAUCCUCGGCGUGACCGUCAUUCUCCUCACCUGCAGCUACGACGACCGCGAGUUCGUGCGCGUCGGCUACUACGUCAACAACGAAUACAUUGAGCAGCAGCUGCAAGACGACCCGCCGGCCAAGCCCGUGAUCGAGAAGAUCCGCCGCAACAUCCUCGCGGACAAGCCCCGCGUCACCCGCUUCCAGAUCAAGUGGGACAGCGAGGAGAGCGCGCCCAGCGAAUACCCGCCCGAGCAACCGGAGGCCGACGCGGCGGAGGACGACGGCACGAGCUACGGCGCGGAGGAGCUGGAGCUGGAGGCCGCGCUGAUCGCCGCCGCCGAGGAACAGGACCGCGAGCUCGCAGCGGAGGGGGCCGGCAAGCCCGCAGGAGCAGGAGAAGAAGGCGAAGACGCGACCAUGGAAGGCGUCGAGACGGAACACGGCGGCGCCGGCGGAGCCAAAGCUGCCGCCGAGGACGAGGACGAGGACGACGAUGAGUCCGACGCCGGAAGCGAGGACCUCGAGGCCGAGAGCGAAGGCGAGGGGGAAGGCGAGGGCGAGGAGGAGGAUCUCGAGGACGAGGCCGCCGAGGGUGUUGCCUCUGCUGCCGCCGGCGGCGAGGACCACGACAUGGAGAUCGACGAGCAACAUCCCGGCGCGGAGAAGCAGGCCCACGCGUCCGCGAAUGCGAUGCAGCACUAG